AGCGUCGUAGAGACUCGAGUCUCGACGAAGAUCAUUCAACUUCGAAGUUUUUCUGUCGUUAAGUACUUACCCGAAAAUCAAUUUGCAUCUUCACAAUGGUUGCCCGAGCAUCUCUGCUGCUUCUCCUGCUGGCGGUGAGUCAAAGUCCAGCCAGUGCCACCGACUACGACGUCUGCCCGAACUUCGUCGAUUGCCAUUGUAGUGACGAUGUUAACAGCAUCGGCAUUUUUAGCGAUGAUGGUGCCCUAGAAUCCUGUUUGUCCUACUUACACGAAAAUAAGCUUCUCAGGUUCAAGAAACUGCACCUCUCAAUGGCCAAUAAAAACCUGAGAUUGACUGAAAACUUACUGAAGGAUAUUCAGUUCGACGAGGUCUUCGUUUACAGGGCAAACAUUGUUGAAUCCAAUGAGAACUUUUUGGGUGCUUCCCGAGAAACGGUUCUGGAUAUCAAUUUCUUUGGCUGCAAAUUUGAAGUCUUUCCUAGAAUCAAUUCCAGUUCACUGGUGCGUUUUGUGACUGAAGAGACGAGUCUUCUGGACAUCCCCGGGAACGCCUUCCUCACUCCACAACUGAAGGAAAUCAAGAUUCAGGGUGGGACGUCCAACCUGACUCUCAAUUCUGGAGCCAUGGAGCCACUGUCUCACCUGGAGCAGUUCAACCUUUUCGGCGUGUCAACCGUUCAUCUCGCCACGGACUCGUUUAAACUCUCUUCACCAACCUUUAAAAUUUUCAACAGCACGGCCAGAAUGACAGCCGAGUCUGGAGCAUUUUCCGGCUUUACAAACGGGAGUGCGCUGAUAAUAGUGGAUUUCAUUGGGCCGUGGACCCACGAUGUUUUCUACGAUUUGCUUUCUGGAGGUGCAACCAUCACCACACUUGGUGGACAAAGUUGCCAGUGUGACAUGGCCUGGAUUCGGUACAGCAGCUUCCUACCCCAAAUGGCAACGGUCCGGUGCGUAUCAAACGACUUCCAACAUCCUUACCCUUUGUCGGCAGAAACUUUCGUGGAGUGCCCUAUUGCAGAUCUUGACCAGGACAUGCUUGCGAACUGCUUCUGAAAAACUCACGCCUGGCGAACUUCAUUGUUUGAUGUCAUGGAAAGCGUAUUGAACUCUGUUGAUGUUGAAAAGGUGUUGAUGACCUUGUUAUGAUGACGUGAAUUAUUCUUUAGGAGCAGACAGCCUGUGGUUUGACGAGGUUUCACAACUAUCAGCCAUUAUUUACGCGGCUUAAAUCAGAAUAUUUUGAUAACAAUAGGCCAGUCGAAUUGGCACCCUCAAACGAGCAUGUAAACCUAGUGAUCACCGUCGUUCAGCGGAAACUACAGUAUUCAAUCUCGUUAAUAAUUACUAUAGGUAUUUUGGUACGAGCAAGUACCCUGUACAAUAUUUCGUUGGAAUGAGUGAGAGUGUACACGGUUCCUUGUGCUGUGCAUGUUCUAUGUGUGCGUCGUCUAAAGCAUGGUUGAAAUAUGUAUUAUUUCAACCAUGGGGUUGAAAUAUGUGUUAUUUCAACCAU